AUGUCGCAAAAAAGUUUACGAAUAAAGCUGACUUGAAAGAUUAUUGUUCCUUUGAUGAUAGGUAUGAUUCUUAUUUGCAGCGUCGCAAUAGUCCCAUUGUAUAACGAAUAUCCUAUUUGAAUAGACAACUAUAUUAAUGAUAUACAUGAUGAUCAAGGAAAAGCAAUGAUAGAUGUAUCGCUAUAUCUCGUUAAAAGUGAGUCACUUAAUAUCAUCCAGCACUCAGCAAACCUUAUUCUAUAAUAGAGCUAAGCUCUUUAAUUUUCAAUUAAAAACCCUCUUUUUCUAUAGAAAAUAGAAUACUGGCUAUAAUCAUAAAAAGCUCAGUUUCUUUAACUAAUUUAUGAUAAUUGCCAGGGCUUUAAUGAAUUCUUACUUCGGAAAUUCAUUAGCAAUAAAAACUCAAAAUUAUUCACCUGGGCUAAACUACGUAAGCGGAAUAGCAAUAGCUGAAAAUAAAGCUAAGCUAUCAUGCUGAAAUAACAUAACAAAUACAAGUUACUGUCAGGCUCUUUGAUUUACUUCUCCAAGCGAUGAUAAUACUGCUAACCUAAAUAAAACUUCUCUUCUAAAUCUGAAUUCAUCAGCUGUCUUUGAUAGUUUCUUAAGACCUAUGGCUGUGAUUGGCUAUAAGCUGAAUCCAUUAUUUGGAGACGUGUUUAUAGGCUUUGAAAAUGAUGGUCUUUACUAUUUAAAUCCAGCAGGAAAUUACAGUUUUCUAGCUAAUGCAUCUAAAAACUCCUUAUGCAGUAGCCCAACCUAUCAAUAUGACCCAAGAUGCACACUGUGGUUUGAGGAAACAAAAAGCAAGUCUUUUGAAACCAGAAACAGCGUGGUUUUAACAGACCUCAAUUUAGAUAUAAACUCUUUAAGCCAAUCAGCUUGUGUAGGAAUUUGGAGUGACUCUGACGAUUUUAUAUUGUCAAGCUGCCUAAAGUUUUAUCUAAAUUCAUUCAGAAAACGCUUAUGGGGAGUAAAUGUAGGAAAAGGGUCUUAUAUAUAUGUGCUGGAUGCUAGUGGAGAGGUUAUUGUGUAUUCUAAAUCAACGUGGACUUCAGCAAAUCCUCCAUCAAUUUUUGAGCUUGAGUUUGGGAAAAAUGCAGAUUCUAUCUCUGCUGAAGUAAGAUAUUACAGAGACCAUAUUUUACCAAUUUUUCAAAAAAAUAAGACAGAAUUGGCAUAUUAUUAUAAAAAUGGCGAUAAAAUGCUGAUUUCGGUUGCCCCUAUAAAGAUACAGCUUGGCCUAAAUUCUGAGCUGACUCCUUGGGCAUCUGUAGGAAUUGUAAUAAAAGAAUCGGAUACGACUAAAAAACUAGACAAGUUAAAAGAUGAUUUUUAUUAUCUAAUGUAUGGUGAAAUUGCCAUAUUUGCUGUUCUUAUAGUCUUUUUUGGAAUUUGAUGUUAUUUUUUAACAAAAUUCCUUUCAGCUGCAGUUACAAAACCUGUAGAAAAAUUAUCAUGCAUUUUAAAACGAUUAUUUAAGAAAGAUCUAGGAGUUGAUAUCAUGGAAGAAUAUGAGCCGGGUCCUCCAGAAAUUGGCUCUUUAUAUGAAAUCUUUGAGAAACUCCGAAUUGUUCUUAAAAUGCAGGAUUCUAUAAAAUUCAACGACGAAACAGCUGGCAUGAUUAAUUACGCUCAAGCUCUAAAUUUAUUCAGAGACUUCAGGAAUAAAAAAGCUAUGGAACUUUGCCAUAGAGAACUCGGAAACAUUCAUUUUCAGAAUAAAAGAUACCCAGAAGCAGCAUUAAAUUAUUAUAGCUCAUAUAGACUCUCCAAAAACAUAGAAGGCAUUUCAGAGCUGGAAAAAGCCAGAAUUAAAAUCCAAACAGCAAAAUCUAUGCUAUUUGCAGGAACCAAAAAAGAAGAAGCGAUUGAAAUGUUUAAUGAAGCUAUUGAUUUCUAUAAAUCUCAGUCAUAUAAAAAUAUAGAGAUUAUUCUCUGUUUGCUGGAUAAAAUAGAAAGCCUUUUUGCAGUCAGCCAAAUCCCAGUCUCAGAUAUAGAUGAAGUGGAAAAGCUACUACAGGAAUGAAUUCCAUUAAGCAUGCAAAGCAUUCUUCAGCAAAAAUAUUUAUAUUUUAGAGCUUUUCAAUAUGAAAUGCAAGAAGAUUUAAAAACUGCUUCAAGGCUGUAUAUGAUAUGCAUAGAAGGAUUUAUUGAUUUCGACCCUAAUAUAAGGAAAAAAACUCUUGAAAGAUUAAUUGGGAUUUUUGAAAAAAAUAGUCUGCCUUGCUAUGAAUUAAAGAUUUUAUGGAAAAAUUUGAAUGAAAUUAGCAAAGAUAUCGCCCUAAUUAUUGAUACAAAAAUUUGCAACUUAGAGGUCCAGAACAAUAUAUUGUGGCUUAUUGAAGCUGUUUUUAAUAAAAAUGAUAGGCUAUCUAUAAUUGAUUUUGAUGAAGCCAUACAGAUUCACUUUAAUUUAACCCAAAAAAUCCCUAAAAAUAUUCGUUUCUCUAUUAUUGAUUUAAUCAACCAAUCUGGAAAAUCUGUGCUUUAUGAUGGAAUUAAUGCUGGGAUUAACCAAAUUUGUGCUUUGGAUAUCAAAAAUUCAGCACUUUUGCCAAGCCCGAAUAUCCAGCAGAAAUGGGUCAUAGCGAUUUGUGGAAGUGGAGAUAAAGGAAGCGAAAUUAGACAAGAUUUUCUGUCUAAAAAGGUUAAUGAGCUGGGGAUAAAUUUGGUGAUUGUUUAUAUCAAUUAUGAUCCUAAUCAAGCUAAUGAGUUAGGAUUAUUAAUAAACUCAAGUCCACGAGGUGUGGUAAUUUCAGUCUAUUCAGACGAUGAUAUCAGAUCAGCAGUUCAAAAAACUGCAGCAUUUAUGUGCCCAUCAAAAUGUGUAUUUAACAAUUAA